CUCCUCACUCUGGGGCGGGGCCUGCGGGAAGAUAGACAUGGGCUGUCGCGGUUUGAGGAGGGGCGGGGCCCGAGGGGUGGCCCGAGGUGGCCCGGCUGCUCUGUUGGAAGUCGCGCAAUCCGACUCAUCCCGGCCCUGGGAUGGCGUCCCCACGGGAAUUAACCCAGAACCCCCUGAAAAAGAUCUGGAUGCCAUACAGCAAUGGGCGGCCCGCUCUGCACGCUUGCCCGCGCGUGUGCAUGACCAACUGCCCAACGCUCAUCGUCAUGGUGGGGCUGCCUGCCAGGGGCAAGACCUACAUCUCCAAGAAGUUGACUCGAUACCUGAACUGGAUUGGUGUGCCCACUCGGGAGUUCAAUGUUGGCCAGUAUCGCCGGGACAUGGUCAAGACCUACAAAUCUUUUGAGUUUUUUCUCCCCGACAAUGAAGAGGGCCUGAAAAUCAGGAAGCAGUGUGCUCUGGCAGCCCUCCGUGAUGUCCGGCGGUUCCUUAGUGAGGAGGGGGGACAUGUGGCGGUUUUUGAUGCCACAAACACCACCCGAGAACGGAGAGCGACCAUCUUUAAUUUUGGAGAACAGAAUGGCUACAAGACCUUUUUUGUUGAGUCCGUCUGUGUGGAUCCUGAGGUCAUAGCUGCUAACAUCGUGCAAGUGAAACUGGGCAGUCCUGACUAUGUCAACCGCGACAGUGACGAGGCCACGGACGACUUCAUGAGGCGCAUUGAGUGCUAUCAGAACUCCUAUGAGUCGCUGGAUGAGGACCUGGAUAGGGACUUGUCCUAUAUCAAGAUCAUGGAUGUGGGCCAGAGCUACGUGGUGAACCGUGUGGCUGACCACAUCCAGAGCCGCAUCGUCUAUUACCUCAUGAACAUCCACGUGACUCCCCGCUCCAUCUACCUCUGCCGGCACGGGGAGAGCGAACUCAACCUCAAGGGCCGGAUUGGCGGGGACCCAGGACUGUCCCCCCGGGGCAGGGAGUUUGCCAAGAGUCUAGCCCAGUUCAUCAGUGACCAGAACAUCAAGGAUCUGAAGGUUUGGACCAGCCAGAUGAAGAGGACAAUCCAGACAGCCGAGGCGCUGGGCGUGCCCUAUGAGCAGUGGAAGGUCCUCAAUGAGAUUGAUGCGGGCGUCUGUGAGGAAAUGACCUAUGAAGAAAUUCAGGAUAAUUAUCCACUGGAGUUCGCCCUGCGGGACCAGGACAAGUACCGGUAUCGGUACCCUAAAGGGGAGUCCUACGAGGACCUGGUCCAGAGACUGGAGCCUGUCAUCAUGGAGCUGGAGAGGCAAGAGAAUGUGCUGGUCAUCUGCCACCAGGCUGUGAUGCGCUGCCUGCUGGCCUACUUCCUCGACAAGGCAGCAGAACAGCUGCCCUACCUCAAGUGUCCGCUACACACAGUCCUGAAGCUGACCCCUGUGGCAUAUGGUUGUAAAGUGGAGUCCAUAUUCCUGAACGUGGCAGCUGUGAACACACACCGGGACAGGCCUCAGAACGUGGACAUCUCGAGACCUCCAGAGGAAGCCCUUGUCACGGUCCCUGCUCACCAAUGACCAUGUUCAUCCACUGUGACGACCGGGCAGGCACUGGUCUCUGCAGAGGGGGUCAUUCCAGGCCCUCCAGUCUGUGUGACAGUCACCAUGCAGGGAUAUUCUUGAAGCCACACAUGGCUGGGAACCCAGAACCCUCACCCCAGCUCACCUGGCUCUUUGCUGACAGUCAGCAAUGAGGUCGUGCAUGGUUCCUACCUGCUGCUGGAGUCACCUGACCAGACUGCAUCUGCAUGGGCUGCUCGGAGGUUGCCCAGCACCAGGUUCUUAUGGUGCAGCUCUUAGGUGUUCUCUCUCGCCAGCCCAGCUGGCUCUGUGAAGCGUGAAACCCUACAAUGUGAAGGCAAGUGCUCGCUGUGAUGUGCCUACUGUGGCCCAGUUGCCCGGCAUGGACCUGGUGACUCUCAGAAGGGCCUCUGCCAUCCUCUCUUUGGCCAUUUCCUAAGCCAGAGGCCACAUCUUCAUGGGGCCCUGAACUUCUGCUGCCUCUGGUGAGAGGGAGAGCCCUUCCCAUCCUUACCUACCAGGAACUAGAGCCCUAGGCACAGCAGAUACUUCCCGGGCAGCCACUGGCCAGGCCCUUAUAUCCAUGUCACCCUGAUUUGUGGGCAUUCAUGAAAGCAAUGCGCUUGCUUCCACAUAUUGGGAUGCACAGAAAUGUGCAGGCAGGGGGUGAUGGUGGUUGCCCUCCCCAGUUGUGCAUGCACCGGUGUGCUUGUGGGAGCUGGUGGCCGGGCACCCCUUUAGGCCUGUUCUCAUAGUGAAACCACCUCAAGACAGGGCAGGGGUCCAAGUUACCUUCCUGGUGCACACACCGAAGUGCUCAAGGGAGAGGCUGCUGUUCCCUCUCCUCUUCCCUGGUUGUGCACACUGGCAGCUGAUGGGGAGGUGGCCUCUCACCUGCUGCUGCCUGUGUCCACAUGGGAAUGUCUGCUGGUGGCAGAGACAUGCAUUUGCCAUAAAAGAUUCAGAAACA